CCCUCACCGCGGGGCCUCGGCGCUGGUGCUGCGGACAGAAGGGGAGGGGAGGGAACCCAGACCCAACUGAUGAAGAGCCAACUGCGAGCCGGUGGGAUCACCAAGGUGUUCAUCUCUCACCUGCACGGGGACCACCUGUUGGGCCUGCCCGGCCUCCUCUGCACCGUGAGCCUCAACACCAACGCGGAGCAGCAGCCCCCGAGCUGUGUGGAGGUCUACGGGCCGCGGGGGCUCCGCCACUUCUUACGGGUGGCCCUCGGCCUCACGGGGUCCCAGCUGCUCUUCCCGUAUGCAGUCCAUGAGCUGGAGCCCACAGCGGACCAGAGUCCAGAAGAGGGACGCCUCAGCCCGGAGGUGACCGCGGCGCCCUCCGCACCCACAGGAGCAGCCGGGCCGGACCGUGGUCCUGGACGCCUCCAGCGACUCCUACCUCCUCUUUGAGGACCGGAGGUUCGUGGUCAAGGCCUUCAGGC